UGUCAUGUUGUGCGGACGCGUGUAGUGCGCAUAUCUGCCGUUACGUGCCGCCUUCGGAGCAUUUAGGCUGCCGCCGCUGGCGCGGGGAUAUCGCUCGCUUCUUCAGUUUUUGACUUUUCAUUAGCAUAUAUUGAUUUUGUGCGGAUCAGUGUGGUGCGCGAAUCGAACACGAGUGUUGGUCGGUGUGUGGUGGAGCUGCAGCAGUACGGUGGCAGUGAAUUUCAAGAGAAAGUUUUGCUUUUUUCGAAACACUCGAGCACUCUGACGGAUCGACGACACGCACAGACAGCUGGUCCAGAAUGGUGAAAACGGCAGAAGACGGCCACACCUCGCACAACGGGAUGGCCAAUGGCCACGCCACUGUUCGGUCCCGUUUCCCGGAACAUCAACAUCCACCACUGGAGGCCAACGGGAAGAUCUCGAACGGUUUCGGCAAACAUCAGCAAAGUGAAGAAACUGUAAACUUUGGCAAAGAACCGUCGAAGUCAUCGUACGAGCAGGUGCCGCUCCACACUGCCUGCUUCACCUAUCUGGGCUUCUAUCUGCUCAUGAUACUCGGUUACAUAAAUCAGUUAUUCUUCACCCCGAAAGUUGCCACUGAAAAGCAUCGAGAUGGCUACGUUCCGCUGUACGACGCCUUUGAAAAGUUCUACCUGCGGUAUGUGUACCGACGGGUGAAGGAUUGCUGGAACCGACCCAUUUGUAGCGUUCCGGGCGCCGAAGUGACGCUGAAGGAUCGGAUCACCAAGGAUUAUGGCUGGUCGUUCGAGUUUACCGGCACCGAAACGAGAUGCCUAAAUCUGGGUUCAUACAACUAUCUUGGCUUCGCCCAGAACGUAGGACCGUGUGCCGAUGAGUCGGAACAGUCAAUCAAAACCUACGGCCUAGCAGCGUGCAGUUCACGGCGUGAAAUCGGUACCAACCCACUGCACGUGGAACUGGAACAGCUGACAGCUCGCUUCCUGGGCGUCGAGGAUGCCAUCGUCUUCGGUAUGGGCUUCGCCACUAAUUCGCUAAACAUUCCCACACUGAUUUCGCCCGGCUGUCUGGUGGUGAGCGACGAGAAAAAUCACGCCUCUAUCAUCCUCGGACUGCGGCUGUCGGGUGCCGUCACCAAAGUGUUCAACCACAACAGUAUGCCGGAUCUGGAGCGCGUGCUGGUCGAAUCGAUCACACGCGGCCAGCCGGGUAGCGGCAAACCCUGGAAGAAGAUUCUGAUCAUCGUCGAAGGUGUGUUCAGUAUGGAGGGGUCGAUCGUGAAACUGCCGGAAAUCGUUGCCCUUAAGAAGAAGUACAAAGCCUACAUAUAUCUGGACGAGGCGCACAGUAUUGGAGCGACGGGGCCUUCCGGCCGGGGAGUGUUGGAUUUCUACGGGGUCGAUCCGAACGAUAUAGACAUUCUAAUGGGAACUUUUACCAAAAGCUUCGGGUCGGCUGGAGGUUACAUCGCAGGCAAUAAGAAAUUAAUAAACUUUUUAAGGGUAAACAGCCACGCUCACUGCUACGCCAGCUCGAUGUCGCCCCCGGUAGCGCAGCAAAUUCUGACUUCAAUGAAGAUAAUCAUGGGUUUGGAUGGCACGCGCGAGGGCAGUAAGCGAAUUGACCAGUUGGCCCGUAACACCAGAUAUUUCAGAAAACGACUGGCUCAGAUCGGUGUCAUCACCUACGGGCACGAAGAUUCGCCGGUCGUACCGAUGCUGGUGUACCUGUUCUCCAAAAUUGGGGCCGUCGUACGGACGCUGACAGCGCGUAAUAUCGCAGUCGUCGGGGUUGGAUUUCCUGCCACUCCCAUCAUGGAGGGCCGCAUCCGAUUUUGCCUGUCGGCAUCGCACACCAAAGAACAGCUGGACUACGCACUGACCGUAAUCGACGAGAUUAGUGAAACGCUCGGGCUCAAGUAUUCGCGCAAACCGCGCGAUCUUAGACCGAUAGAAUACUAGAAUUUGUUUAACCUACACUAGGCUUUACAACUGAUGCAUGCAUGCAGCAUAUCGCGAAGGGAACUAAAGUAAAAAAAACACAAUACCACGCAUCCCUACACUUACUGACUAGGAUAGAGAGCAAAAGUAUGCCUUAUUACAGAUAGUUGAAAUCAAAUCGAACAAAGUGCACACACAAACACAAGCAAACGCACGUGUCCAGAGUCGCGACGACUAACGUUGCCGCAUUUAUUCGCGAUUAGAAAGAGAGCGAGAGCGUGAAAGAGCAAGCGCGUGGAGGAAGAAGUUACAAUGCUUCCAAAUCUGUAUUAUUAUUUAUGAAGUUUUUAAGUAUUGAGCUACAGUUUUGUUACAGAGUUAUUUUUUUGCCCGUUACAUUCGAUAACACUUAUUGUAAGAUGAACACAGUGCAUAGUAGAAACCAUGGAACAUUAAGAUUAAAAUGCUAUCCGCUUUACUAGUAGAAAAAA